AUGACAUCUGCCGUACGCGGUGGUGCUCCCCACUGGCAACAACAGCACCACCAUCAUCAUAAUCAUAAUCAUCACCACAACCGAUGGGAGGACAACGGAUAUCGCGAAAUCCAUAUUGACGACGACGACAACAACAACAACAUAAAUGAUAGCGACACCGGCAACUACAUCAUCGAUCACGGACGGCGACCUGUUGAACGAGACAUUGGGGAAGAGGAAGAAGAAGAGGAUGACAUGAUUAUUGAAGACGCCUCGUCCAUGUCCUCUUCUCCCAGUAUCCCUGACGAGAAUAUCAAUUUCGACCUUGUUUAUGCGCUCCACACGUUUGUUGCUACCGUCGAAGGACAGGCGUCGGUUGUCAAGGGCGAUGCAUUGAUUCUAAUGGAAGACACCAACAUUUACUGGUGGCUCGUCGAAGUGCUGAAAACCCGUGAAGUCGGUUAUAUUCCAGCAGAGAACAUUGAGACACCAUAUGAACGACUAGCACGUCUGAACAAGCAUCGAAACGUGGAAAUCACGUCGCCUUCUGAAGCAAACGAGUUUAUUCCUCGCGAGAGAAAGUCACACAAAAAUGUGACCAUUGCAACAGGCGCAAGUGCUACGCGAGUCAUUCAUUACGAAGUCGAGUCAGAAGACGAGGAAGAGGUUGGAUACGAAGAUGGCGCUGACGAAGAGGAAGACGAGGAUGAAGAGGAUGACGAUGCGUUUGAAGAUGCGCAUCAGGAUAUCACGGAUACUCCGGGCCAUCACAGCCACAGCCACGACCAUCUCCUCCAUACAUCAUCUGUACAACAGCAGCAUGAGCCUCGUCAUCACUACCACAACCACCAUCAGCGGUCAGAUCAGGACGACAACGUUCAUAAUCCGAGUUUGUUGGCCGUACCUGAAGCAGCGGAGCCAGCAGAAGAACUUCGGGUGUUUGCAGGCAACAUUGGUCAGGCGCCACUUUUCCAGACAUUCUCAAUCGACCUUUCCACCACCGCCGAUGUGUUGGUCCAAGAGGCUGCGAUCCGGUUCGACCUGCACAAUCGACCAGAGUACGCCGAAGGCACUAUUGAAUACUACAUUGCUGUGCAAGGCUUGGAUGGUGAUGAUUACGUGCUGGCACCUCAAGAUAAACCGCUUUCCAUUUUCAAGACCUUGACAGCGCCGUUGACUACACCGAUGCCUUCUGUGUCACACAUCCGUCGGACAUCACCCCAACAGCAACAGCAACAACAGCAACAGCAACAGCAGCACCAGCAGCAACAGCCGGGAAUAGGAGCUGCUGCUUCUGCCGCCGGUACCUCCUCGUCAUCUGCCAAAAACGAGGGGCGCUCGUCACGCCGGGCCAGAUCCAGCAGUUUUAGCAACUACGAGCAAACAUCCUACGACGAGGACUCUGUGAUCCGUUUCUACCUUCAUCGACGCAUCAAGCGUGCAAACGAGCAGGAGGGCAUAUUCUACAUUAAGGUCUCCCUGUAUCCGGACGAAGGCGGCAGCAGCCCCAGUAUGCCACCUGCUAGCACCAAUGCGCCGGCUUUUACGACGAAUCCUACACCGCCUUCUACGGGCAAGAAGAAGAAGCUGAUGGCGAGUCGUCAACAAGAGAUUGACCGCAUCGACAAGAUUAUGGCUGUCAAGCAGGAGCAACAGAUCGGCUCAGUGAUCGCCAUGGCUCUGGAAAAAUUCCACGUGCCUGACGCCGAAGCUGAAGGAUAUUACCCCCAGCAGCAGCAGCAGCAGCAAAUGACGAUGGGUCCAACCGACCGGUGCUUGACCAAGUACCGCAUGUCGGUCCGAGCAAACGGGAUCGAAACACGCUUGGAUCCUCGCGACCACAUGGCCUCAGCGCUUCAUAAACAGCAGGCACAUGGGCCAGUGACAAGCGACCUCUUGUUUAUUCUGCGCAGGACAGAUGACUCGCAUCAUCAACAGCAGCAACAGCAACAGCAGCAGCAGCACGAUCAUCCACCUCCUUUGCUGUCACCCGUGGGAGGCAACAAGUUUAACCACCACCACCACCACCGCGGCGACAGCAAUGACUUUGUGAUGCCCGAAGAGCGACGGCCUAGCAUCCUCGACAUUUUAAUGGACUCGCCACGCUCGACUGAGCCCCGGCGACCCAGCUUCAUGAACUCACCCACGACGCCAGUAGACGAUCGCCGCCCAUCGAUCCCCAGCAGCCUGGCCAGCAACACUACAGCGGCUACUACCAAUAAUACCACUGCGAAUAGUCAGGAACGCAAAUCAUCCCUGACCCCAUCCUGUCAGCAAGGAGCGAGCAGUAGCUCGCUGUCCCCUCCGCCUAUUUCUGGAUUUCGACGGACUUCGGUCAUGUCUGGAACCGGCUCUGUCUAUUCUGACUGCGCUUCUGCUGCUUCUGCUGCCCAUCCUGGCUCUACGACCAUGGACCAUUCUUCCAGCUGGGACGGCGUUGCUUCUUCCCCUUCUUCCUACAUUGCCCGCUCUGCCUCACUCCAACCCGGUGACACUGCUUCCACUGCCGCACAACAAGCCAUGCAACGCUCCACCACCACCACCAACAACAACAACAACAACAACAGCAACAGCAACGCCAGCAGAAAGGAAAGCUCGUUCAAGCAACAGCUCAAACGUCUUGUCGGCUGGGGCUCCAAGAGCAAAAAGACACCUCCACCGCCGCUCGAGUCGCCAAGCAGUAGCAGUCUGCAUAUGAUGCAACAGAACGGAUCGUCGCUCAGUGUCAAGCCCACCCCGUCGUCGCCAUUCUUGGAUAACACAGCGUCACAAGUCAGUAUCGUCUCUGCGCCCCCGACUCCACUUACGCCUACGCCUGGCAAGAACAAUGCCUCUUCGUCCUCCUUGCCAGGUGUCCACAACAAGGCCCUGUCACCGAGACGGGCCGACCAUCCACUGCCAUCGACUCCUGUCGAGCGAUCGCAGACACCAGCCUCGUCGGCGCCGUUCUCGCCUGUUGUUGCUGCGGCUGCUUCUGCAAGCGGUUCAAGUAUGAUUGAUCCAGCAGUGGCCGAAGAAAGUCAGGUAUCGUCCCUCUCUUCACUCUCGUCAGACGACGAGGAUGACGACGAAGUCGACGUUGGUAAAGAGCCUGUCGAUCUCAGUGAUGAUUCAGAUGAGGACUCUCUAAGUGACGAGGACGACGAAGACGACGACCCUCCCAAGCCUCCACCUAAGCAGCAAAACAGUGAACAGGUCUCGGACAUCCAAGCGCAGUACACCAUGUGGAUGGACAGCCAGCGAUCGGACCAACCAGGUGAAUCCAGACGGGCCAGCAAAACGGAAUGUGAACCUCCCGAACAGCAACCACAGCAACAACCACAGCAGCAACCACAGCAACAGCAACAGCAGCAGCAACAAGAAAUUACUUCGUCACCGUCUUCCACAUUAACAGCAUCAAGCGGCACAGCCACCUCACUCGCAUCGACUUCAUGUACUAGCAGUAAUAACAAUACCAAAGCAAUAACUACAACUACAACUAAUGAUAAAGUGGCCGACGAGAGCAAACCCGCACCACCUCCUGUUGCUACGGCUGCGUCUGCUCCGGGUGCUCCCCAACAACCAACGAAGCCCUCAUCAGACGUAGACGACCUGUUUCUACUGGUGACACGCGGCGUCGAUUUUCUGCAGAGCCGAGAGAGUUCUAAAUGGGAAGACGAAGGUGGCUACGAGUUCCAUCCAUGGAAUCGACCCGACGGAUCCUUUGCAGUACGCAAGAAAUCCCAAGUCACCCUUGUUGCAGAGGAGGCAGCAUCAAUACAGCAACAAGCUACUGCUGAGCAGUCAUCGUCCACGUCUGCUACAGAAUCCUCAUCUGAGGAAGAUGCAGCACAAGAGGAUACAUCUUCAUCAACUACUGCCAAUAGUAAACAAACCGAACAAGAAAACGGAUCACAAAAAGAACGAUCAAAUAGUACAAGUAGUAAACUAUCAUCCACGCGACAGCAGCAGCAAAUGGGACGACGUCCUGGGGCUGCUACUGCUACUGCAACUGCUACUGCAACUGCAGUCUCAGCACCGGCACCCAAUGAAGCUUAUAUUGAUGAGCAGGAGCUCCAGCGCAUUGUUGCCGCCCACAUUGUCUUUUGA